AUGAUUAACUGCAAUCCUACUAGUGUUCCCAUAGACCUGAAUGUGAAAGUUUCUAAAUUUGAAGAUGAAGAAGAUUUUGAUGCAACGAGAUAUCGAAAGAUUGUCGGGUGUCUCCGGUACCUUUUACAGACUCGGCCAGAUUUGGCGUUUUCGAUCGGAGUAGCCAGUCGGUACAUGCAAUGCCCGAAGCAAUCUCAUGCAGCUCUCAUCAAGCAAAUUCUUCGCUAUUUAAAAGGUACUUUUAGUUAUGGCAUUACCUAUACUCGAGGAGAAAAUAUGUUGGUCGGUUAUAGCGAUAGUAGUCACAACAAAGAUCCGGACGAUGGAAGAAGUACUACAGGACACGUGUUUUAUUUUGGGUCUUCCCCAAUUACUUGGUGUUCUCAAAAGCAAAGUACAGUUGCAUUAUCAUCGUGUGAGGCGGAGUAUAUGGCGGCUAGUGCAGUCGCGUGUCAGGCGGUUUGGCUAAAAGAAUUAAUUGGUGAAUUACUCGACAAGAAAAUUCAAGCGGCUGUGUUACGUGUAUACAUCGGCAAUAGCUCUCGUGAGGAACCCGGUUUUCCAUGGAAGGAGCAAACACAUUAA